AUGACUACAGAGAAUACUACACAUGCUUUGGCGUCUUCCGCUAAAGAUCCGUUAUCAAUAUCAUUGUCUUCACCUUCCUCUGUUACCAAUACUACUGCAUCCAGGUCAAGGUCAACUCAACAUGAAAUAUUGGCCAAGACAAGAUCCACUGGUAUACUUUUCAAACCACCGAAGACUCAUGAUAUGGUCCGCUCUUUAUUUGAUCCCACAAUUAAGAAAUCAUUCCUGGAAUUAUGUAUCACUUUAUUCAUAAUCUCUAAUUUCUUCAUUUGCCAUAAGAUUUUGAAUUAUUUUGAUUUGAAUUUCACUAAAAGGUUUUAUCUUUUACAAUACCUAUUUUGGAGAUUAUCAUAUAACUUAGGUAUAGGUAUCAUCCUGCAUUAUCAAUCAAAUUACGAAUCAUUGACUAAUUUUGUCACAAAAAAUAACGUUUUCACUACAAAUAAUUCUCUUUGGGCUAGAUUUCUUAGAUUUGAAUUACAUUCCAUAUUAUCAAAACAACAAAAUAAAAAGGAGAAACACACAGCAAGUGAAUAUCCCAAUGAAUUGAAAGUUUGGUUAAUCUUCCGCCAAUUUGUUGAUUUGAUCCUAAUGCAAGACUUCAUCACAUAUAUUAUCUUCGUCUAUCUAUCAUUGCCAACUAAUUUGGACAUCUCCAUAUGGAAUUGGAAAAUUAUUUUAGGAACCCUUUUAAUCGUUUUCAAUAUUUGGGCAAAAAUUGACGCACAUAGAGUCAUUAAAGAUUUUGCUUGGUAUUGGGGUGAUUUCUUCUUUUUACAAAUAAAUUCAACUUUAAUCUUUGACGUGUGUUUCAAUAUUUCACCUCAUCCAAUGUAUUCCAUCGGAUAUUUGGGUUAUUACGGUCUUUCAUUAAUAUGUAAUGAUUAUAAAGUUUUGUUGGUAUCCAUCUGGGGCCAUUUCUUACAAUUCCUUUUCCUAAAAUAUGUUGAAUCUCCUCAUAUAGAAAGAACUUAUGGUACAGAAGACGGACAAGAAAAGGAACAAAUAUCAAUUGAUGAUCUAAUAUUGAAGGAAAAUUAUGAUUAUUCCAAACCUUUAAUAUUUAAUGGUUUAAUGAUUAAGAACUUUAAUAAACUAAGAAUUUACGAUUAUUUCACAGUAGGUUCAGUGAUUUCCAUCAUUACAUGGGCAAUCUUAACAAAUCCAAAUGAUCUCCUUCUACUUACAUUAACAUUCACUUUCAAAUUAUCGUCAUGGUUAAUCAUUUCUAUUAUACUUUAUAAUCAAUCAAAUUCUAAAUGGUUUACGAAAUUGUUUUUGAAAAAUGGGUUUUCUCAAAUUCACUCAUAUCAACAAUGGCAAUUCAUAUAUAACUUUAUGAUUGUCACAUCAUAUGUCCUUCUAAUAAUACAAACAAUAUCAAAAAUAAUAUCAAACAAUCAUACACUUCAAAGCAACGAGAACUUUUAUAAUAAAUUGAUCUUCGGUCUCUUAUUGUGUUCUUUACAAAUUUGGUCAAAUUCAGAAAUCAAUUUGGCUAUUUCUGAUUUCGGUUGGUUUUAUGGUGAUUUCUUUUUAACAAAUUAUAUCCCCACAAAAAAUGCUAGAAAAUUGACAUCUCAAGGUAUUUACAGAUAUUUAAAUAAUCCAGAAACAAUAUUCGGUAUUAUUGGUAUAUGGUCUACCGUAUUAAUGACAAAUUUUGCAUGGGAAAAUAUCAUAUUAUCAUUACUUUGGACAAUAACUAAUUUCAUAAUGAUCAAAUUCAUUGAAAAACCUCAUAUUAUGAAAAUAUAUGGUUCAAAUCAAUCCAAGAGAAUCAGCGGUGUUGGGAAAUCUCUAUUAACUUUGAAACCAUUAAGAAGAAUCUCUGAAAUAGUUGAUAAUGUAGAACAUAUAAUAAUGAGAUCUUUAUUAAAUAAUAAUGCUAAUCAAACAAAUUGUCAACUUCAACAACCAACACGAGAAAUAAAACCAGAAAUAUUAAAGAUUAGGGAAAACGUAAUGGUACAUGCAAUUAAUAACGUCACUUCAAGAUUAUCACCAAAUUGCGAAUUUGAUAUUCAAUUACAACAAAUAAACCUUCAUGAUGAGGAAGUAUCCGCCCUACCAGCAACUAAUAGUAGUUAUUUGCCAAAUCCAAUCAGUAUUAAAUGGAAAUUACCCAUUGAAUUAUACGACGAAACCGAUUGGAUUGGACUUUAUAAUGUCCUUGAUACAAGAGCUGAUCGUGAAAUUACAAGAACUUCAUCAUUUGGUCAUAAAAGUUUUACAACAGGUGCCAAGAAUAAACAUGUCUUAAGCCUUAGAAAGUCAGAGGAAUUUGUUAAAGGUGAAAUUUGUUUGAUUCAACAUUAUUAUAUUUGUGAACCAGGUAUUUAUGAAUUCAGAUAUCAUUCUAAAAAUUCCCAUAAAGUUUUAUUAAUUUCUACUCCAUUCCAAGUAUUGUUCCCAAAACUGAAUUUUAAUGAUGACAUUGAUACUUUGAGAAAUGAUUUAUUUCAAUUUUUAAAUAAUUGUAACGUUAUUGCCAAUGGGAAAUUCUUCAAUCAAAUGGGUAAUAAAUACUUUACAAUGAAAUCUUUACAAAAAUUAAUUAAAGCAUCUAUCGGCAUUGAAUUAUCCACUGACUUCAUUAAUAACGUUAACGGAGACAUAGAUAUCAUUUCGAAAAGAAUUUGGGAAAUUAAGAAAAUUCUAGAUGAACUAGUAUAA